CAGCAGCAGCAGCGUUCCUGAGCUAACUCAGACCUAGUUGGAUAGCAAUGGGUCCUCCUCUGAAGCUCUUCAAAAACCAGAAGUACCAAGAACUGAAGCAGGAGUGCAUGAAGGAUGGCCGGCUUUUCUGUGACCCAACCUUUCUACCGGAGAACGAUUCUCUGUUUUUCAACCGGCUGCUUCCCGGGAAGGUGGUAUGGAAGCGCCCUCAGGACAUUUCUGAUGACCCCCACCUGAUUGUGGGCAACAUCAGCAACCACCAGCUGAUCCAGGGAAGACUGGGGAACAAGGCAAUGAUCUCUGCAUUUUCCUGUUUGGCUGUUCAGGAGUCACAUUGGACAAAGGCAAUUCCCAACCAUAAGGAUCAGGAAUGGGAUCCUCGAAAGCCAGAGAAAUAUGCUGGAAUCUUUCACUUCCGCUUCUGGCAUUUUGGAGAAUGGACUGAAGUGGUGAUUGAUGACCUGCUUCCCACCAUCAACGGAGAUCUGGUCUUCUCAUUCUCCACCUCCAUGAAUGAGUUUUGGAAUGCUCUACUGGAAAAAGCGUAUGCUAAGCUUCUGGGCUCUUAUGAGGCUUUGGAUGGUCUGACCAUCACUGAUAUCAUCAUGGACUUCACUGGCACAUUGGCUGAAAUCAUUGACAUGCAGAAAGGACGAUACACUGAUCUUGUUGAGGAGAAGUACAAGCUGUUUGGAGAACUGUACAAAACGUUCACCAAAGGAGGUCUAAUUUGCUGCUCCAUUGAGUCUCCCAGCCAGGAGGAACAAGAAGUUGAAACAGACUGGGGUCUACUGAAGGGUUAUACCUACACCAUGACUGAUAUUCGCAAGGUCCGUCUUGGAGAAAGACUUGUGGAAGUCUUCAGUACUGAGAAGCUGUAUAUGGUUCGCCUAAGGAACCCAUUGGGAAGACAGGAAUGGAGUGGCCCCUGGAGUGAAAUUUCGGAGGAGUGGCAGCAACUGACUGUAACAGAUCGCAAGAACCUGGGACUUGUUAUGUCUGAUGAUGGAGAAUUUUGGAUGAGUCUGGAAGAUUUUUGCCACAACUUUCACAAACUGAAUGUCUGCCGCAAUGUGAAUAAUCCUGUUUUUGGCCGCAAGGAGCUGGAAUCAGUGGUGGGAUGUUGGACUGUGGAUGAUGACCCUCUGAUGAACCGAUCAGGAGGUUGCUAUAACAACCGUGAUACCUUCCUGCAGAAUCCUCAGUACAUCUUCACUGUGCCCGAGGACGGCCAUAAGGUCAUCAUGUCACUGCAACAGAAGGACCUACGCACUUACCGCCGAAUGGGAAGACCUGACAAUUACAUCAUUGGUUUUGAGCUCUUCAAGGUGGAGAUGAACCGAAGGUUCCGCCUUCACCACCUGUAUAUUCAGGAGCGGGCUGGGACUUCCACUUAUAUUGACACCCGAACUGUGUUUCUGAGCAAGUAUCUGAAGAAGGGCAGCUAUGUGCUUGUUCCAACCAUGUUCCAGCAUGGCCGUACCAGCGAAUUUCUACUGAGGAUCUUCUCUGAAGUGCCUGUCCAGCUCAGGGAACUGACAUUGGACAUGCCCAAAAUGUCUUGCUGGAACCUGGCACGUGGCUACCCAAAGGUGGUUACCCAGAUCACUGUCCACAGUGCUGAGGGCCUGGAGAAGAAGUAUGCCAAUGAAACUGUCAAUCCAUAUCUGAUCAUCAAAUGUGGAAAGGAAGAAGUCCGCUCCCCUGUCCAGAAGAAUACUGUACAUGCCAUUUUUGACACACAGGCCAUUUUCUACAGAAGGACCACUGACAUUCCUAUUAUCAUCCAGGUGUGGAACAGCAGAAAAUUCUGUGAUCAGUUCCUGGGGCAGGUUACUCUGGAUGCUGACCCCAGCGACUGCCGUGAUCUGAAAUCUCUGUACCUGCGUAAGAAAGGUGGUCCUACUGCCAAAGUUAAGCAAGGCCACAUCAGCUUCAAAGUUAUCUCUAGCGAUGAUCUCACUGAGCUCUAAGUAUUCAUCAUCAGAGAAUCCUGACAGCUUUCCAUCUUCUUUUGUCAGGCACAAGGUCUUAACUAAGACCCACAAUUACUGAAAUUCCACAUUCAUUAAUGUUUUCUCUUUUCUGAUAUUUCCCAUACCUCCUGAUCCAAGUAGCAUCAGUAGCUACAUAACCUAUAUACCUCCAGCAGCUGGACAGGGGAGGUGACAAUCCCAUCUGGAGAUCAUACACACGUUUACUGAGAAAAGAUCCUUAGGGCUUCCAGGGGUGAGAUUCAAAUGGGACAACAAG